AUGGUCAAAGUUUUAUUGGAUGGAGAACAUAAAUCAGGAAAAACCUCAUUUCACGAGUGUGCCAUGAAAGAUUCACCUGUUUCCUUAAAUCCAUUCAUUCUACCUCCAAUUGGAAUUGAUUUUGCAGUUAAGCAAUUCAACAUUGGCCAAGAAACAAAGUUAAAGCUGGAAUUGUGGGAUAGUUACUCUGGUGAGAGAGUUUUACACAUUCCAUUCACCUUUUAUAGAGCUACUUCAACAAUCUUACUAUUAGGAAAUCCUUAUUCCAGUAAUGUAAAGCACGUGUUUGAUUACAAAAAGGAGGAAUUUCGUACUCAUGCCAUCAAUCCAGAAGUAAUUCUCCUUACAACUAAGAGUGAUUUGGAGAAUAGUUCAGCAGAGCGAUCUUUAUGCAUUUGA